ACAGCCACCCUGAAGGUGGCAGACAGCACCAAGACACCCACCCACCCACUGGGUGGAGGCAGCAGGGUGCACAGUGGCACACUCACUACUGCAGUGCACACACAUCCCCUCAGCCUGCCAGCAUGCCUGUGCUCAGACUCAUGGCAAUGGGAUUUUACUUCCAGCUGUUUUUCUGCUUCAUCCUCUCGCAGACCUCCUUCAUGAGCAGUGUCUUCCCAAUUCCUGCAGCUUUUGCUUCUUUAGAACAGAAGAAGCGAACUAGUAAUGGAGAAUGUUGCCUGUUAUCACCUCCACCACCACCAAUAUUCCCACCACCACCAUUCUUCAGAGAACGCAGAAGCACAAUAUAUGACCUGGAGUACACAAACUCACCUCUGAAUCCUACAAUACCUUUAUGUGUUCCAGGCCCACCUGGGCCAGAAGGACCUCCAGGAGCUCAGGGGCCUCCAGGUUUUCCAGGGACAGCUGGACCAAAAGGAGAAAAAGGUGAAAUUGGUAGGCCGGGAAGAAAGGGGAAGACUGGUUCUCCUGGAGUACCAGGUAUGCCAGGCCCUAUAGGACCACUAGGACCAAUGGGACAAAAGGGUGAAAAGGGGGACUCUGCAUCACUUGGAGGAGCAGGAUCAAGAGGACCAAUGGGCCCCAAGGGUUUUCCUGGCAUGAAAGGAGAACAGGGUUUUAAAGGAGACAUGGGAGAAAGGGGUCCUAAAGGUGAACAGGGCUUUAUGGGUCUUCCAGGAAUGCUUGGGCAAAAAGGGGAGAUGGGCCCAAAAGGAGAACCAGGAGUUCCAGGAAAUCGAGGACCUACUGGUAGACCAGGAAAGAGGGGAAAACAGGGAGACAAAGGCAUGACUGGUGCCAUGGGACUUAAGGGCCCACCUGGAAGACCAGGGUCUACUGGGCCACCUGGGCCUCCAGGACCAGGGCAACUAGUUGUUGGACCAAAAGGAGAGCGAGGACUUCCGGGACCUCCAGGGAGAUGUCAUUGCAAACAUCCUCAGUCUGUGAUUGAUGAAUCAUUUAAUGGUUAUAACUAUGCCAAGAUUUUUCUGGUGAACAGUCAGGAGGAGCUAGACAGGUUGGAUAUAGAGAAUGCACUAGUAUUUCGUAAGGAUCGAAGAUCCCUGUAUUUCAAAGAUACGAAUGGGUGGUUCCCUGUACAGCUAACAUCUACCCUAUCUGAUGCCAGUGGCAACUGUGGAGAUGGUAUAGUCCAGCCAGGAGAGGAAUGUGAUGAUGGCAAUCAGAUUGCCACUGACAGCUGUAUAGAAUGUAAGCGUGCCUACUGUGGGGAUGGCUACCGACAAGAAGGGGUAGAGGAAUGUGAUGGCAAAGAUUUUGGCUAUCAGUCAUGCAGAACAUAUCUCCCAGGAUCUUAUGGACAACUGCGAUGCACAGCUUAUUGCUACAUUGACUCUACACAGUGUCGAUAUUUCACGUGAGAUAGAAGUGGAAAGGAUAGAAUGAUUUGCGAUGUCACACAUACAUCCGGUGCUAUCGUACUAGAAAUCAACAAGACUGAGCAAAAUGCUAAACUUAAAGUCUGAGCGAAAGAAUAAUCUGCUGCUGAUGGCUUUAUAAGAAUCGUAACAAUUAUGUCUGAUUGGAAGAACUUGGACCACUGCAUUCUGUCUUAAUAGACCAUGCCAAACAAUACCUGCCAGCGAAGUUUGUUCACAGGAAAGUCACUGACAGGACAAACUGCUGGGACAGCAAAUGUCACUUAUUGGGAAUAUUACAUUAAUAAGACAACAUUACCUCGACUUAGCACUGUUAUAUGCGGAAACUAGACUUUUUUAUUUAAUUUUUUUUUCUGCCAACUGUACUUAUGAAAACCGAGCAUACUCUCUUGUUUUUAAAGAAUACUAACCUCUUAACACUAACGAUAAUAAUAAUAAUGUGAAAAUGGAACGUACUGUAUAGACUUUGUCAAUUAGAAUUGUAGAAAAAUAAAAAAAGUGGGGUUCCUCUUUCUAUGGUGCACAUAGACAGGAAAUGAGAAUAUGAGGAAUGAGAUUACCGGGAACGAAGGCUGCAUGGAGCCGAGAAUCAGGGCCUUGCCGUUUCAUGUGGUCAAGUUGGACAAAAGGUUGUAGACCAAAGACUCAAAAGUUUUGUAAUCGAGAAACUAUGCUGAUGUUAGCAGCUUCUUAACCCAUAUAAUAACAAAACCCCCCUACAUUUAUAGAGUGAAUAAGUGAAGCCGCUGAGACAGCGGUUAUGAAUCAUAUGGCAGAAUAAAAAUGUUAACUGCUAGCAUAGAAUAUGAAAUAUUUAGGUGGAUGAAAUAUUUUGUAACUAAUUAUAUGUAUAUAAGCAUUAGUACCCAGAAAAUAAUUGUAACUACAGUAUCCCUCCUUGCUGCUUUAAAAUAGUUGCAUAGAAUUAACAAUAUAAUUCAGCCAAUUGUUAUCAUAUUUAUUUUGCGCUUCUAUUUUUUUGCUUCUCCAUUUUCUAUAUGUGUCUUGGUACUCCAGUCAUUCACGUUUUCUUUUUAUGUUUUUGUAUUUCACACGUUCUGCAGUGUUCUAGUGUUGUCAUAGUCUUGUAUAAUGUCAGACAGUCUUGGUUCCGUGUCUGUUUGGCAGGUUCCAAAUAUCCCUGUAUUGUGCGUAUGCUGUGUUACUGCUAUUGUUGUACAUGGUGCCUGUUCAAUGAACAUUUAUUUAUUCAGUAUUACAAGGUUUGACUUGACUGAAGAGCUCCAGACUGUUUUACGUAGACUUCGAAACGAUUUCUAACCCCUGCCUGAUCUCACCACAUAUGGAUCCCUUUACAGAAUCUGAGGUUAUACAAUUCGAAGGAGCAGGUGAAGAAUUACCGUGCAUGUUUUUACUGAUUUGGUUACAGCAUCUAAACAACCAAAUAAAAAAGUAAUGAAAGAAGAUGCAUUAAUAAGUGUAGUGUUUGUAUGCAUUUAUGUUAUUGUAUGAACUGGAAUCUUCUUUACAUGCAUGCCCUUGACCUUGGAAUUCCCAAAGAAAAUAAA